AUGGAUAUGAUAUGGUGGCUUGAUUUAGUACAUAGGAACGAAGAAGCGAACGAACGAAGGAACGAAAAGUGGACGAAGAAGAAGCAAAAGCAGAAUCAGACUGGGACGGAGAGAGAGAGAGAGAAGACCCUAAAACCGAACCGAACAGAACCGAAGAGAACGUGUAAGAAAGCAAAAGCAAACGCAGCAUCAGCCGCAUUCGCAGCGCUACUACACUUGCAUGCAUCCCCACCCUCUCCUCCCCACCGGGACAGUCGACGACGAAGAAGAAGCAUCCGAAUAACGCACCAGCACGAGGAGGAGGAGGAGGACGAAGGUUUACGACCAGCAGUUGAAGAAGAAGAAGAAGAAGAAGAAGAAGCUGUAGUCGAAGCAGAAGUCGACGAAGAAGAAGAAGAAGAAGCUGUAGUCGAAGCAGAAGUCGACGAAGAAGAAGAAGAAGCAGCAGGAGGAGGAGGACGCAUAAGAAGAAGAAGAAGAAGGAGAAGAAGAAGAAGUCGAGGCAGAGGGAGGAGGAGGAGUUGGAGGAGUUCGCCGCUCUUGUGCUCUUCUCUCUUCGUCUUCGUCUUCGUUGUUGCCGCCCUCCAUCUCUCCAUCUCCAUGGCCACACUUGCGCACUUCGCUGCUGCCGCAUCCCCUCCGCUGCUGCUUCCCAGGACAAAGCAACCAUGGAAAAAUUCUUCAGGAAUGGAGCCUCUGCCUGUCCUUUUGGCACCAGGUCAGGUUGCGGUAGCUUCAAUCGGGUAUGAGAAGGCAGUAAUGAACCCCGUUGCACGGAAUCAACUAGUCUCCUCUGAUGCAAGGUUGUACAUUUCAAAGCGGGGAACAGUUGGAAAGUUUGGUCGGCAGCGUGCAAAUCAGCGGUGGUUAUGCAGCAUUCAAGAAACUCCGCGGAGGCUCCAGUGCAGUACCAUGGAAGAAACUUACGAUGUCCUUGCAAAACAACUUUUGUCAAAAGCUUUGAUCCAUGAUCCCGAUCAAAAGUAUAUGGUGGGGAUUGCAGGGUCUCCUGGGGCGGGAAAGUCAACUGUUGCCAACGAGAUUGCGCUUCGAUUAAAUGAGCUUUGGCUUGAGAGUCAUGGGGAGAAAAGUGGAGGAGCUCCGAUAGCCGUCGCCGUACCUAUGGAUGGGUAUCACUUGUAUCGUUGGCAGCUUGAUGCCAUGGAGGACCCAGUAGAAGCUCAUGCUCGACGAGGAGCUCAUUGGACUUUCGAUCCUGCGUCUCUUUUAAAAAAUCUGCAGCAGUUGCGGACUCAGGGUGAGGCGCACUUACCUUCAUUCGACCAUGGAGUAGGAGACCCUGUUGAGAAAGACAUAUACGUAUCACCUAAGCACAAAGUCGUUCUUGUCGAGGGCAACUACCUCUUGAUGGAAGAGGGCGAAUGGAUAGGUUUACAAAAUCUGUUCGAUGAACGCUGGUUUGUAGACAUCGACAUUGACAAGGCUAUGAAGAGGGUUGAGCUGAGACACAUCGCAACUGGAAAGACGCCUGACUACGCAAAACAUCGGGUAGUGUACAAUGAUCGGCCCAACGCUGAACUGAUUGCUCUUACGAAAAAGAACGCGGAUCUCAUUAUUCCGUCAAUAUCCAUUUGCUGAGCUCAUAUUUGUUUUAGUUGUUUUUGGACUGCUGCACCAAGUUUGGAAAAUCGAAGACCAGGUCACAACAUCCAGCACCGUGUCGUGCUUCUUCUACUCAUGUUUACCAUUGAAAUGUUUAUCACAAGUGAAAUCUUGAAUGUGUGCUGUGCUGUGGCAAGCUAGCGUUAUAUAACACAAAGUACUAAUUAUCUUCUUCUUUUUCUCCUGCCGUUGUGGCGACUUAUGAAUACGCAGUCAAUUUUGUGAGAGCUCUACUGUAUAGUUGCUUAAGGUAUUCACUAACUGGAGUGACUUAAGUUAUUGAGAUUGGCAAACUAGGGAGGGCCAGAACAAGCUUUAUAAAAGAAGUCGUUCCUUUUUAAGAUUCAUAUCACCCAGUAAUAGUUGAAUAAAGCUUACAUAUAUGUCACA